AUGGUCGACAAAUACGAGAAUUGGCACGAGCAGUUGCCUUAUGCUUUGUUGGGAUAUAGAACGACGACUCGAACUUCCACUAGAGAAACCCCAUACCUUCUUGUUUACAGUAUAGAAACGGUUAUACCCGCAAAAGUGGAAAUCCCUUCACUCAAGAUCAUCCAAGAGGCAGAGAUGAAAGAUGCAAAAUGGAUCAAAAAUCGUUAUGAACAAUUGGCCAUGAUAGAGGAAAAAAGAAUGGUGGCAGUAUGCCACAAACAGCUAUACAGACAAAGGAUGUCUCGAGCUUUCAACAAGCAGGUCAAAACUCGACUCUGCCAGAUCGGACAACUUGUACUCAAGCGAGUCUUCCCUCAGUAUGAGGAAUAUAAAGGAAAAUUCGCGCCAAACUGGCAAGGACCAUACAUGGUCAGGAAAGUACUCUCCAGAUAA